GAUUUAUGACUCUUCGAAAAUUCGAAGUGGGAACUCUCUUAGGGAAUAUGAGAAGUUGCGUUACAAUCAAAUCAGAAAACGCAUUUCUGCACAGCUGUAAUUUUCCCACAACGAGUAAGAUUCAAUUUCACCCAAGCUACACAUGUUGCAGAUAAUUAACAACCAUGGACACUAAUUUUACAUCUUGUCGGACAGACUUCCUGGCUGUUGCUGCUGCUGCUGCUUGUAGUAUUACAUUUUAAGCUUUACAUACAACGAUUCGGCAGACUUUGAUGCAUCAGUUGCACUGAUGACCUAUAGGCGAUAUUUUCUAUAAGAGCUUGUUAGCAAAAAAAAUUACACCUACAGACGGCGCGUCGAUCUACACACCCUUGCAGGCAGGUGCGUAGAAACGUAACUCCAAGCGUGACCAUUGAUGCAGAACGUAUCGCCGAUAAAAACGGCGCCAACCUUAGAUCAAGCCUUUACUCAUCGUUUGGUCUACGCGUGGUGAAGAUGUUGCCUUCGACAGUGCAGCACGUGCUUCUCGUCGUUAUAUCGGUUGCAACUGCUGCGGCGCCGGUGUUCGCUAAUAAUGUGUCUUCUGCGAUCGUUAGUGAAUUCCCCGAAUACGCCAAAUAUCCUCCAAAGCCGCUCGUUUGCAUCGCAGACGGUUGCCUGAUUGGGACCGACAAGAAUGGGCUCGAGAGUUCCCAGUUUGAAGCGUUCUUCGGGAUUCCGUUCGCUAGGCCUCCGGUGGGAAAACUGAGGUUCAAAAAUCCAGUACCAGUGGAACCAUGGAGCGGAAACUACGAUGCAACGUAUGAGAGAAGCAAGUGCAUCCAGAAGAACGACGCUCGGCCACACUCCUUAGUGGAAGGAAGUGAAGACUGUUUGUAUCUGAAUUUGUACAGACCAAAGUACAUCACCGACCCACUGCCAGUUAUCUUCUACAUCCAUGGGGGCAGCUACGCAUCCGGAUCGGCUUCCUUCGCCGAAUUCGGUCCUGAGCGGCUCAUGGACACCGGUAAAGUAAUUGUUGUGGUUAUCCAGUAUCGAUUGGGAGUAUUUGGAUUCCUGUCCACCGAUGACAGCUGUUCGCCCGGUAAUUACGGACUCAAGGAUCAAAGUAUGGCACUGCGUUGGGUUCAGAACAACAUUCAGAGCUUUGGAGGUGACCCGAAGCGGGUUCUUUUGGUAGGUCAAAGUGCUGGGGGUGCGGCUGUCCAGAUGCACAUGAUGUCCCCAAUGAGUCGGGGAACGUUUUCGAAAGCGGUUAGCAUGAGCGGUUCGGCGCUUGCCUAUUGGAAUUACAAUAUUGACCAAGCGAGAGUAGCCAGGCGACAGGCUGCUGUUCUUGGAAUUCCCAAUGCAUAUAAGAUAUCUACGGAUAAGUUAGUUGAGGAACUCCGCUGCAUUGAUGCCUAUGAGUUGGGUAAGAGCAUCGAUCGCCUUAAAUACUUCUACGUUCACCCAACGGGUUUGUAUCAACCGGUCGCUGAGCAGUACGUUACGAAGGAGACAUUCCUAUCGGAAGAACCGAGGGCACUUUGGGCAGCUGGCAAAUAUGAACAAAUUCCUUGGGUCACCGGGUUCUUACCGAAUGACGGAGCUGCAGAUUCAUUGGGCAUCAUUACGAACGUAACCUUAUUGGAACAGCUGAAUGAAAAGUCACGGAGAUUUAUACCACGACUCGCCGGUGGUGAUGCACACAAUAAGAGUACGCAGAUGCUGAAGGAACGCUAUUUUAGAGAUGGGACUGAUGACCGAUGGUUGACAAGAGAUAAUUAUCUGAACCUUCAAACUCUUCUAACAGAAUCGACCAUCACAUAUAGUAUCGCGAUGAGUGUGAAACAGCACCAGGCCCUGAAGUCCUCCAAGAAAGCGCCGAUUAGCGUUUACUACUUCAACUUCCGGGGACGAUAUUCUCAGUCGUACGCCUACACUUACACGGGAACGGACUUUGGCGUUUGCCAUUCCGAUGAACUGUUGUAUCUCUUCCGCAAUAGUGCUCUGGUUCCGGACUACCCAGCGGGAUCGCCGGAACUGAUUAUGGCCAAGGGUUUGGUGGACUACUUUGUGAAACUGGCUUAUGACGGGAUAUCCGGGCCCUACUGUAGGCAGAAUGAUUGCCAGUUGCUGGAGUUCACCAAUUCGGACAACCCGAAGGCACCAGUUGAGUUGAAUCUUGUCAACGGGUUCGACGAGGAUAUGGUCAAAUUCUGGAGAGAGUAUUAUCGAUUGCAAGGAAUUUGAAUGAGGGAGAGGUGUUUUGUUAAUGUUAAUAAAAUAAUAAUAAAAGACUGUAGGUAAAUUUAUUACAUGAACCGAUAUUUUUUUAUUA